AUGGAAGCCCUGCAGAGGCAGCAGGCAGCCCGCCUGGCCCAGGGGGUGGGGCCAUUGGCCCCUCCACGCCCAUCGCCACCCCGGCCUCCCUUGCCUGGCCUCCGGAUUCUGCAGGCCCCAGAGAGGGCCUUGGGGGAGGUUGGGGCUGAGGAAGAGGAGGAUACUGAAGAGGAUGAGGAGGGGGAGGAAGCCGGGGCCGAGGAAGAGGCAGCUGAGGAGAGUCGUCCAGGAACCUGGGGCCCCAGCUCACCUUCUGGCCAGCCCCCUGGACCUCAGCCCCAUGAGUGGACCUACGAGGAACAGUUCAAGCAGCUGUACGAGCUCGAUGCAGACCCCAAGAGGAAGGAAUUUCUGGAUGACCUGUUUAGCUUCAUGCAGAAGAGGGGGACACCAGUGAACCGCGUGCCCAUUAUGGCGAAGCAGGUGCUGGACCUGUACGCGCUGUUUCGCCUGGUGACAGCCAAAGGCGGCCUGGUGGAAGUCAUCAACCGCAAGGUGUGGCGGGAGGUCACGCGCGGCCUCAGCCUGCCCACCACCAUCACCUCGGCCGCCUUCACUCUACGCACUCAGUACAUGAAGUACCUGUACCCAUACGAGUGCGAAACGCGGGCGCUCAGCUCUCCCGGGGAGCUCCAGGCAGCCAUCGACAGCAACCGCCGCGAAGGCCGUCGUCAAGCUUACACCGCCACCCCGAUCUUCGGCUUGGGCCGCCCGCCCCUUCGGAGCACCGCAGCCCCGGCCUCGGGUCCUGGCUCCGCCCUGCUCGCGCCCACGCCGGGUGCCCGCCCAGCCCAGGGCUCCGCCUCCGGUCUGCCGGCGCACGCCUGCGCGCAGCUGAGCCCAAGCCCUAUUAAGAAAGAGGAGAGUGGAAUUCCAACCCCUCGACUGGCACUGCCUGUGGGCCUGGCCUUGGGACCUGCGCGGGAGAAAUUGGCACCAGAGGAGCCUCCUGAGAAGAGGGCUGUGCUGAUGGGGCCCAUGGACUCACCUCGACCUGGUGCACACCACGGUUUCCUGCCCCAUGGCAAGGUUCCCCUAAGGGAAGAGCGGCUGGAUGGGCCUCUCAAUCUGGCAGGCAGUGGUAUCAGCAGUAUCAACAUGGCACUAGAGAUCAACGGGGUGGUCUACACUGGCAUCCUCUUUGCCCGCCGUCAGCCUGUGCCAGCUUCCCAGAGCCCAACUAACCCUGCACCCCCAACCCCUACAGGACCUGCUUCCAACACCUCACCCUGAGAGCUCUCACUUGGAAUUAAGAGUGCCAGCCCAUUGCUGGGGGGAGGGGUGGGAGACACCCUCUCCACCUUUAUUCUUCCAGGGGGCCCACCCUAGGACCCAACCCUGGGAGGUGACCACUACACCCCUCAUGGACUUGAAGCCAAAGAAUUUUCUUUUGAUGUUACAUCUACCUCAUUGUAAAGGGAGGGCACUUCCUCUCUGACCAACUCCAGCAUCUACCAAGGAGCCCUGCCUCCAAUGCCCCCU